AAAAAAAUAACAAAAAUGAACAAAUUCGCUAUUGUUUUCGCUAUAAUUAUGACAGUCUGUGCUGCUUCUAACAUUAAAUGCACUGAAAAAUAAAAAUAGGCAAUUGCCUGUACUUAUGAAUAUGAACCUGUUUGCGGAGUAAAAUUAGACGAAAAGAGCUAGUAUAUCCAAAAAUACUCUACCUAUGGAAAUAAAUGCUAAGCUUGCGGUGAAGAAGGAGUUGAAUUCUAUGCUGUCGGUGAAUGUUAAAACUAUCCUGAAAAUGCCAUUUUCUGCCAUCCUGAAGCUUACUUGCAACCUGGUUGUACUAGAGAAUUAAACCCUGUGUGUGGAUACUUUGAUGAAUCAUUUUCAUGCUCUAAUUCUGUGUGUUCUUCAAACUAUAGUAAUAGAUGCAGCGCUUGCAUAAAUUAGGAAGUUUCUUAUGUUUUAUAAGGUUUCUGUUAAUGA